ACACCAGCACCACAGGGAAGAGAGGGAGAAGCGACCCAGAGGCAAACCCAAGCGCUUCAACACACCAAUCAUGGGUCGUGGGAGAGGAAAGGGAAAACGCGGCGGGCGUGGCGGGGGCGGGCGCCAGCACUUCGUGUCCUCCCUGGAGGAGCUCGAAUCCCGCAACGACAGAGACGAGGCCUGGGCGGCACGCCGAAAGGCGGAGAGAGAGGACAGCGGAGAAUCCUCGGGCGACGAAACCAAGAAGAGGGACGAUGACGACGGUGGAAGUGGGGAAGAAGGGAGCAGCGAAGACGAGGGGGCGCGGGGCGGUGGGGCGGCGGCGGCUGCGGCGGCUGCGGCGGGGGCAGUCGAGAUGAAGCAGCCGAAGGCCAAGGGGGUAUCCUCGUUGAUAGAGGUGGCGAACCCAAACGCCAAGCCUAAGGCCGGGCGGAUGAUGAAGGCGAAGGAUAUGGAUAUGGCGGCGGCGCCGGUUGAGCUCUCCCGGCGCGAGAAAGAGGCGGUAGAGGCCCAGAGAAAGAAGGACCACUACAUGAAGCUUCAUGCGGAGGGCAAGACUCAAGAGGCGCAGGUGGACAUGGCGCGGCUCGCGCUGGUCCGGAAGCGGCGAGAGGAGGCGGAGGCGCGGAAGGCGGAGGAGGCGGCAGCCGAGGGAGCUUCGGGUAAAGCCAAGAUGGAGAAGGAAGCCAGAGCCAAGGCGGGCAGCGGCGGUCCCCAGAAGCUCAACCCUCUAGAGGUGAAGAAGAUGAACCCGACUCGGCUAAAGGAGCUGCUCAAGGAACGAGACGAGAGCCUGCAAGGCAGCAAGAAGGACCUAAUUGCAAGGCUUUUGGCGUGGGAGAAGACAAACCAGUCUUGAUCUGAAAAUAGUUUGACGGGAACGUGAAAGUCUGGGAGCUCAUGUGUUCUAGAUUAUUCUGAACCUAGGCUUGUAGGAAGGUUACUAAGAGGUUGUCCUCGUGUGCUAGGUGUCUACUCGCUUUGAGAUCGUCCAUUUUUCCGAAAAGCUCAUGCUGUUGCCUGCCCUCUUGUUCGCGCACCCUCUCCGAGGAGGCGUCUGCACUCUAACCGUGGGUCAACUUAUCGUUCCCAUUGAUUGUUGGCUAGAGAGGGGUGUGGAACCAGGGCAACCAUGGUCUUCUUCGCGCUUGUUUGUUGUCCGCGGACUACUACUUUUCGAGGUAGCGGGAUAGUGCCCCUCGAGUGAUUGGUCCCGUGAGACGCACGCCGGUAGCAGGAGUGCUCCCUGCUGCGGUUAGCGUAAGCUUUGGAUGUUUGGUAGCUGCCGUUCGAGGAAGAUGCAUACCCCAGUUGUUCUGGGUCCAGCGACGGAGGAGACUAGACUUUGGAGUCAGCGACGAAACCAAAACACGGCACCAAAACAUACAUACUUAUCAACAAAACGUAGCCGACGCCGCCCCAGUAGUAGUCGUCCAGCACGACUCCGAGAGUAAUGCGCUCGAUAGAGCAGUGACAACGACGUGCGGGGGUAUGUACUCUCUCAGACCAGCAUUGCUUUUCCUUGAGAUUGGCGGAGAAAGAUUNCGUUGGUUAGCUUUUUGGUCCUCCAGCUGCUUUGGCUUGGGAUCAUGUUGCCUUGUUGCCUGCCGCGCCCUUGCCUGUCGUGGUCAGUUGCUGUCACGUCGACGGCAUCGUUAGUUGUUACGGUCAUUUUGGCGACCGAGCAUAAGAAACGCUCGCGGCCGGUCUACCGCAGUGGACUUUCGUAGCACACACAGCAGUAUAUUGGUCCCAGCCUCAGCCCUGCCCAUACGUGUUGCUCGGAGCACCUCAAGCGGGACCGAUGGUGACUUCCCGUAGGAAGAUGCAUACCCCAGUUGUUCUGGGUCCAGCGACGGAGGAGACUAGACUUUGGAGUCAGCGACGAAACCAAAACACGGCACCAAAACACGGCACCAAAACAUACAUACUUAUCAACAAAACGUAGCCGACGCCGCCCCAGUAGUAGUCGUCCAGCACGAAUCCGAGAGUAAUGCGCUCGAUAGAGCAGUGACAACGACGUGCGGGGGUAUGUACUCUCUCAGACCAGCAUUGCUUCUCCUUGAGAUUGGCGGANGGUGACUUCCCGUAGGAAGAUGCAUACCCCAGUUGUUCUGGGUCCAGCGACGGAGGAGACUAGACUUUGGAGUCAGCGACGAAACCAAAACACGGCACCAAAACAUACAUACUUAUCAACAAAACGUAGCCGACGCCGCCCCAGUAGUAGUCGUCCAGCACGACUCCGAGAGUAAUGCGCUCGAUAGAGCAGUGACAACGACGUGCGGGGGUAUGUACUCUCUCAGACCAGCAUUGCUUUUCCUUGAGAUUGGCGGAGAAAGAUCCGGACCAAACGAAACCAACUGCACGCAGGAGAUCUGUCGCAAAGCCACCGCUCUCACCAGCGCCGGCCCAAACGUUCACUGGCUCCUCGAUACGUGAUCGUUGAGGACGACACACUUCCAACUCUACCCGCUGGCUGACCAUCGGCCAAGCAACGCCAAUCAAAUCAGUGGCCUGGUUAAACCGCUGCCUGCAAAAUCACCGCGAAUCCACGACAUCCAUCGCCGUGCCUCCACACUCGUCCUCCUGUUGCCUCACUGCGCUUGAAAAGUAGCCACCACUUAUUCUCGGCGGUGCCCGAGUACCCCCCCCAAGUGACGCCUCCUUCUUUGCUAUCCACAUCGCGUUGCCAGGUAUUGCGCCUGCCUCCCCAUUCCCGCUUUUGCUCCCGGAACUGGCGAAACGUGGUGUAGCCCGUGCCGAUUCGUUUAUGUCGUCAGCAGUGGAACACGCAACAAACGCCACAGGGUAGGCCAUGCCUUGUUCCCCUCGAAGGUGGCGAUUCUGGUUUGGUGAGGACCCAACGGGGCGCCCCCAUGGCUGCGGCUUGCCGGCAACGAAAUCGCGAAGCCCCUGAAACAAGGUUCGCGCGACGAAGGUCUUCGUGCUCACGGAACUCCAAACGCCGGUCGUCAAGAAAGGGACCUGCAGCAUCCCGUCUUCUCUAACGAACGAGCAAGUCCUGCUGAAGCACCUGAUGUAGAAAGUGUUGAAGGUGACACGUUUCGCGACCCGACUCAAGUGUCGCACGGAAACUGCAGCAGCAGCCAAUCGAAUACUGCGGUCGUUUCUCACUGCGCAUGCUCAGAGACCCCCCGCGGGUUCCGGGUUCAUAUGUUUGCCACCAAAUGGACCUCCAUGUGAUCCAGACACUAGAAACGAUGUAAACUACCGAACAUGUGUGAGGAUCCCCAAGGUCUGUGUUGAUGCCUUCGCAGCGGAGCUUCAGUUUGCCUACAGGAAACCGGCGUGCGUGAGAGGUGCUCACACGGAAGGCUCCAUUUUCUGAUGUAUCCUACAUAUUAAGUAACAAGAUUAUAGUAGAUUCUUGCACUUUUCACUCAACAAACACGGNGAGAGGUGCUCACACGGAAGGCUCCAUUUUCUGAUGUAUCCUACAUAUUAGGAAACAAGAUUAUAGUAGAUUCUUGCACUUUNCGUGAGAGGUGCUCACACGGAAGGCUCCAUUUUCUGAUGUAUCCUACAUACUAAGUAACAAGAUUAUAGUAGAUUCUUGCACUUUUCACUCAGCAAACACGAAAGGCAAAAACUAGAGGGUAGAUGGAACUUGUUUGAAAACGAGAAGCUUCACACCUCUCAGCGUACACGAGCGGUGGGUCGUGAGGGUAAAACUUCGGUACGACGACUGAGAAGGUGGUCGGAACCCUUCGUUCUCCAGCUGCCGCCGGUGUGUCCCCCGCCACACCUGACGGUGCUGCCCCCUGCCCCGGAUCCCCCCCCAUGCCCCCCUCUAUCGGGCAUAAGAAAGUAAGCUGACAUUUGAGAGGAUUCCCAGCCGCUUUAUCGAACCUGUCGCACAGUGUGAAGCUUGAGGGCUUGAGUGUGAUGUGAAGACGAAACCAAGUUUUGAGCGCUAGCUCGAUGGCCUUCUUACAUGGCCAGCAUUCGUAAGGGUGCGCCCCACGCGUCAUUCCACGUUCUCUACACAGCAGGUCAAGAGCCGUACACGAAUGGCAUGCAAUUUUCCCUAAGCCAAUCUUUGGUGGCACCUUGCCCCGAUUUCCACCGGGAAGGCGGGAGGCAUCCAAGUGCAGGCGGCGAAACGUACGAAGAUACACGAUGACGUGCGUACCUCAUCGUCUGACACGGGAGGCCAUCUUAGGGAGACGGCAUCUCACUGCCGCCAUGCUCGAGCCGGCCGUGAUUUCAAUUGGCGCGAUUGUCGUGGACAUGACACCCGGAUACGAUGGCGUUACUGGUACAAGUUUACGAACUACGACCGACGGGAGGGCGGUUCGCAAACACUGCGCUGAAGAGUUGGUUUUCAGGCAGAAGGUAGACCACUUGGUGAAUCAUGCUAUGCAUACCAUGCGCUAGAAACAUCUCGUCAAGGUCCUCGACAGACUCUCAUGAAUCCAGAUAGCUCGUUAAGGAGUUUUGGGCGCCUAGAAACCGGUCGCAACCCCAACAAUCACGGGCUAGCGGAAAUGGUAUGUGAACCCGCAUUGCCCCCCCCCCCGACUGACCUGACUCGACACUUCUUGACGUGCGCAGCGAAUGCUUCCGUCGGGUCUUCGGGUACAGAAAAAGGGCGUUUCGUUGCAUGACUCGUGCUCGGCGAUGGCGAGAGUCGCCGCGGAGAGGCAACCGGCGCCAUUGCCGCGUUCAUGGCGGUGUCGUACAUGGUCUUCCCAACGGCGGCGGAAUUUUCGUAUGGCGGCGAAAGUUUCGAUUUCGGUUCCUCCUUUCUUCCGAGGGUUGGAAGAGGUUGCCAUCGUGAAGGUGAGCAUUCUCAAUUGCGGUUGCUUUACUCACGUCUCAUAUUUGCCUUGAACAGCUCUGUAGAACGGUAGUGUCCAAAGGAUGUUUUCUCCUACAGCACGAA